AUGGUCUAUGGUAAAGACACAUUGUUUCCCCUAUCUCUGGAAAUCCCAGCCUUGCAAUUACUUAAGUCUAUCGAAGUGGCAGAGAAUGGUCCCAUGGAUGUAAGGUUGGUGGAAAUUAUGGAACUAGAAGAGGUGAGGGAAGCUGCAUUCGUGUCUCUUCAAAACCGUCAGCAAACCAUCAAGAAGUGGUUCGACAAUAAAAAGAGUUCUGACCCAGAAUUGAAACAAGGUGGCCUUGUUUUGAAGUACAACGAGAGGGUGGCCAAGCCCGGCCUCCGACCUAAUUUUAACAAAAAGAAGCAAGAUGAAGUUUUUGAAGACAAGUUGCCAUUUCCUCAAGGAUCCUCUUCAUCCUCAUCAUCCUCCAUCUGGAAAUCAGAGUCUCUAGCAUCAUUUGCAGCAUCCUCUCCCUCUGACUACUCAUGGUCAGAAACGUCACCAGGCUCCUCAGCUAUGGACACAACAAUCAAAUUCGGUUGGACGUGCGGCGUCAGGACCCGUGGGAAUAUGCCAUCCCUGAAGUCAGUGUACCAUUCGGUGUCAUCCUGA